AUGGGCGGACACAAAAAGGUUAAAUUGGUUUUGUGUCAAUUUAAAAAAUCAGCAUGUGAAUCUCAACUAUUUGGACUGGAGAGCUUUUACAAUGGACAUAAAUGGAAUCAUGAAUUGAAUCAUUUGAUAUCAAGAGCUUUAAAGUGCUAUUUUCAACCCAUUACUGCCAUAAUGUUACCAAAAGUUGUCUUGAAGUUGGCAUUACUGUCUUUGGCUUCCGCCGCCAUUAAUAUCAAGAAUGGUCGAUUAUCACUGUUAGAUUCAAACUCAACACAAUCACCAAAAUUAACUAAUUAUGAUCUGAAAGAAAAUGAAGAUUCAAGUACUAGAUCAAGCUCUGGUGGUCUUUCAACAAUUGAAGUGUUUGGUAGCAAGUUUUUCACCGUUGAAGAUGGGAAUCAAUUUUUUAUCAAAGGUAUUGCUUAUCAACCAAGUAAAGUCGCUGGUGAUAUUGUUGCAUUAGAUUCUGGUAAUAUCAAGUUCAUUGAUCCAUUAGGUGAACCAAAGAUUUGUCUUAGAGAUCUUGAUUAUUUACAAAGAUUAGGUGUCAAUACCGUUCGUGUUUAUUCCAUUGAUACAGAUUUGGAUCAUGAUGUUUGUAUGGAAGCAUUUGAAAAAGCUGGUAUUUACGUUAUUGCAGAUUUAAGUGAACCAGAUGUUUCUGUUAUUAGAGAUUCUCCAACUUGGGAUGUUACUAUCUUUGAUAGAUAUAAGAAAGUUGUUGAUUCUUUACACAAAUAUCCAAAUGUCUUGGGGUUCUUUGCUGGUAAUGAAGUUACAAAUGACAAAACAAAUACAUUCGCUUCACCUUUUGUCAAAUCAUCAAUCAGAGAUGUCAAGAGCUAUAUUGAUGAAAAGGGCUAUAGAAAGAUUCCUGUUGGUUAUUCAACCAAUGAUGAUGCUGAAACAAGAGCCAAUGUUGCAGACUUUUUUGCUUGUGGUGAUGUUCAAGCUGAUUUCUAUGGUAUUAACAUGUAUGAAUGGUGUGGUCAUUCCACUUAUUGGUCAAGUGGUUACAAGGAUAGAACAGAAGAAUUCAAAGAUUAUCCAGUUCCAAUUUUCUUCUCUGAGUUUGGUUGUAACGUUAAAAGACCACGUCCUUUUACUGAAGUUGAUGUUUUAUACAGUCGUUUAAUGAAUCAUGUUUGGUCAGGUGGUAUUGCUUAUAUGUAUUUUGAAGAACCAAAUCAAUAUGGUGUUGUAAAGGUUUCAGAUGGUGUUGUUGAAGAAUUACCAGAUUUCCAAAACCUUGAACGUGAAUUCAAUAGAGUUGAUCCACAAGGCGCAACAAUUGAUGAAUAUAAAGAGUUAUAUAAAGAGCCAAAAUUCCCAAAUUGUCCAAUUUCAACUAAAUCAUGGGAAUCUUCAUCAGAAAUUCCACAUACUCCAGAUGAAGUCAAAUGUGAAUGUUUGGAAUCUUCCCUACAAUGUGGCCUUGCACCAUUUGUUAGAAGUGAUAAUUUGACUCAUGUUUUCGAUUAUGCAUGUAAUAUUGUUGAUUGUGAAGCUAUUAACAGUGAUGGUAAAUUAGGAUCUUAUGGAUUCUUCUCAGAUUGUUCAUCAAGACAAAAGGCAUCUUAUGUUAUCAAUGAAGUGUUCUUAGAGUUAGGUGGUAAACCUGAUACUUGUGAUUUUGAAGGGGUUGCUGUUUUAAACAAUAAACUUGCAACUCAAAAUGAAUUAGAAAGUACAUUGACAUUAACAGGUGAUACAUGUUUAGAUGUCUUGAAAGCUAAUGAUGCAAAGAAGAUAAAAUCUAAGACUUCAGGUAAAUCAAACAAUGUAACCAUUGGACGCAAUGGCACUUUAGGUAGAGGAAACUAUACAGGUGAUGAAUUAGAAAACAAAGCUUCACAGAUUCAAUUCUAUAGUAAUUUGAAUACAAUUGCAUUGAUUUCUUUGGUUCUUGUCUUUAUUUUACCAUUCCUUGAUUAG